UUCCGGGCAAUUCCAGAACAUUCCACACCCUUCGCGGCAUUCCAGACUAAUCACCACCUUUCCUUCAUCAAUCAAAUUCCACACACACACAUAUAUAAUCACACACUUGAAUCUCUCUGAAUUCAGUCUGCAGUUUGAAGUAAUUCAAAAAUUAUUCAUCAAUCGUAUAACAGAACAAGGAAUCAUGGGUGUUGAUUAUUACAAGAUUUUACAGGUUGAUAAGAAUGCAAACGAUGAUGAUUUGAAGAAAGCUUACAGAAAGCUCGCUAUGAAAUGGCAUCCUGAUAAGAACCCUAAUAAUAAGAAGGAAGCAGAAGCCAAAUUUAAACAGAUCUCUGAAGCCUAUGAUGUUCUCAGUGAUCCGCAAAAGAGAGCGGUAUAUGAUCAGUACGGUGAAGAAGGGCUGAAAGGGGGUGUGCCGCCACCGGAUGCUGACGGAGCCACCUACUUCUCCACUGGUGGGGGUACGCCAUUCACAUUCAACCCGAGAAACGCAGACGACAUUUUCGCGGAGUUCUUUGGGUUCAGGGGAAUGGGAGGCGGUGCCGAUGGUCCGGGCGUCAGAACAACCAGGUUCUCAAGCAAUAUGUUUGGUGAUAAUAUGGGUGGAUUUGAUAAUAUCUUCAGCUCUUUUGGCGGUGGCGGUGGCGGACCGUUUGGAAGCGGUGGUGGAUCGUUUGGCAGCAGUGGUGGGGUUACUCGGAAAGCCGCCCCAAUCGAGAGAAGUCUACCGUGUACACUUGAAGAACUUUACAAGGGUACCACCAAGAAGAUGAAGAUCUCACGAGACAUAGCCGACAUUAGUGGGAAGACGAUGACAGUGGAGGAAAUACUGAAUAUUAACAUAAAACCAGGAUGGAAAAAGGGAACAAAAAUCACAUUCCCAGAGAAAGGAAACGAGCAGCCAAAUGUGAUACCAGCGGAUUUGGUGUUUGUUAUAGACGAAAAACCUCACAGCACAUUCACUCGCGACGGCAACGAUCUUGUAGUCAAACGACAGAUAACUUUGGCCGAAGCGUUGACAGGGUACACCGUCCAUGUGACCACGCUUGAUGGCCGGAAUCUCACCAUACCGAUCAAUAAUGUGAUUCAUCCAGACUACGAAGAGAUUGUACCUAAAGAAGGAAUGCCGAUUUCAAAAGACCCGACAAAGAAAGGGAACCUGCGAAUCAAGUUUAACGUUAAGUUUCCUACGAGGUUGACACCGACUCAGAAAACCAGGAUCAAAGAACUUCUAAACGGUUAAAAUGGGCGUUGAAAGAUGGUUCGAUGUACUGGAACCUAAGUUGGGGAUCUUUGAGUUGGAGUUAUUGUUUGUAAUUAGAAAAUCUAAAUAGGCAUUAAAAGAAUGUAAGAGAAUAAUGUUCUUUGCAUGCAUAGAGUGGGUUGGAAUUUAUUUGGUUGCUUGCAUA